AUGGCGUCAAUACCACGAAGACUGCUGCUGCAGUCGCGCCAAUGCCCCUCGCGGAUACGUACGCUCGCAGCACCGAAACACACAUCCGCACAAUGGCAACGGCCAAUAUCCACAACGCCGCGGCGGUACGCCAAUGAACCCACGAAAGAGGGCUCUGUAACCGCUGCGGAUGCGAAGAAACCGACUGAGACUCUGGACGAAUUGGCGCCGGAAUUACCUCAAUCCUCGUUCUCGAAUACCACGCAGUCAAAGGCGUUCCAAGAUAUGACACCGCAGGAGCGCGAAUCCGCCAUGUUGGAGAACCUCCGCGUGUCUCUCGCAGAGAUCGAUCCGAAUGUUGUCCGCGACGCCCUCCGCAAGGGGAAACGCGGUCUCCCGCAGACCCAAGACUUUGGCCUGGAAACAGACGAAGACUUUGAUAUUGAAGAGGAUGACAAGAGGAAGGUAUCCACGGGAUUCUGGGCGGAGGGAGAAGAGAGCAUGGGACCGGAUGAGGACUACUACGGCGACGACCUGACGAGUCACGGACACGGAGAGUUAGAGCAGCACCGCGAGCUGAGAGAGUACGCGCGGUUGAUUGCGUGGGAACUACCGCUUCUGAGCCACCUCGCCCGCCCCUUCGAACCCCCCACAUCCUCCACCCCCUUCCGCUUCCGCUACACCUCCUACCUCGGAGAAUCGCACCCCGCCGCCAACAAAGUCGUCGUCGAGUUCUCGCCCAACGAUCUCUCCGCCUCCCACUCCCUCACCCCCCUCCAAGUCUCCAAAGUAAUCAAACUCGCGGGACCCCGCUACAACCCCUCCACCAACAUCGUCAAGCUCUCGUGCGAGAAAUUCGAUACACAGUCACAAAACAAGCGGUUCCUAGGCGACACCCUAUCUGCUAUUAUCAAGGAAGCGAAGGAAGGCAAGGAUACGUUUGAAGACGUGCCGUUUGAUUUUAGACAUCAUACGCCGAAGAAGAGGGCGGAGUUCCCGAAGGAAUGGGUGUUGACGAAGGAGAGGAAACAGUAUCUGGAGGAGAAGAGGGCGAAGACGGCGUAUCUUGAGGAUCAGCGCAAGGGGAAUGGGUUGCUGGUGGAUGGGAGCAAGGUGCUUGAGACGAGCUUGCCGUUUAUGAGUGAGGCGGGCAAGGCGCCGGAGACGGUUAUGGUGGGGGGUGCGAGGGGGAAGCCGUUGAGGUAG